AUGGUCGCUGAAAAAAAACGUUUGAACUUCGCGACGGUAUGUUCAUCGAACAUGAACAGGAGUAUGGAGGCGCACAAACAGUUGCUUCAUUCAGGUUUUAAUGUCACAUCCUUCGGAACAGGAACAAAUGUGCGUCUCCCUGGGCCUUCCCAGGACAAGCCUAAUGUAUACGAGUUUGGAACGCCCUAUGCUGAAAUAUUGGUUGAUUUGCAAAGAAAGGAUGAAAACCUGUAUAGAAACAACGGUCUGAUCGCAAUGCUUCAAAGAAACGUCAAUGUAAAACGAGCGCCCGAGCGGUGGCAGGACAUGGAUCAAAACCGAAAGCUUGACGUCGUUCUGACCUACGAAGAGCGAGUAUUCGACGCAGUUCUGCAAGACUUGCAAGGACGAGAAAGUGAGAAUAUGAGGGCAAUGCAUGUUAUCAACCUCGAGACUAUUGACAAACAUGAAGAAGCUGUGAUUGCUGCGCAAGACACUUGCCAGCUCUGUAGAAUGUUGGAAUCUGCGGCGGACUUGGAAAGUGAGAUUAUGGAAGUCCUAUCAAAAUUUGAAAAGAAUUCUAAGCGAUCUUUUAUGUACUCACUUGUGUAUUUAUGA